AUGGGUUGCGAGUGUCGCUUGCCGAUCCCCUACCAGGUGACGGCCGACAUUUCCGCUGCGCGUGGUCCCAACAACGACAGGUCCUUGGGCCUGGAGCUUCAGCUACGCUACGACGCCCAGGCAAGGGCUGCGGAAAUCGUCGACCAGUGGAUCGCAAAGCAUGCCGCGGCCACCCAGUGCCAAUCCGGCACGACCGACACUGCCGCCGACGCUCCGGCUCCAACGGGAGAGGUCGGAGACGAUCUCCCUGCGGCUACACAAUCUCCCGCGGCACUGCAGCCCUCGGAUACCGUGGAGCCAACCAUGGUAGAGCUCCCCGUGACCUCCGAUGAGAAGGAAAUGGAUGAGACAACCACCCGGAAGCGCGGCCGAGACAGCGAGGAUGAGGAGGAACUUCCCAAGCAGUCAAAGGGCCCCGGCGCCCACUCUGACUCAAAGCGGAAGCCUUUGACACCUCCUUCCACCCCUGCUGCUACCGAACCAGUCCCGGCCGCGGCUACCAGUACAGAGGGGCCUGCAGACACAAGCGCCGCUGCAGAAAAGACCUCUCCAUCUGCUGCUCCUGGCAAGCCAGCCACCACCACCCCUGGAGUUGCUGCUUCUCAGAAGACGGCAGACUCACACCAGCCUGAGCCGCGCCGAAAGGCGCCGCCACAGACCGCCGCUGACUUCCUGAAAAGGAACCAGCGGCCAGCCACUAAUGUGGCUACUAAAAAGCAGCUGAAGAAAACGGUCAAGGGCAAGCACUCCCAACCGGCUGGCGCCCCCCAGGCCCGUUCCAGCUCGUCGCAGGGCGCCCCAGCGGCGACCCCAGCAACCCCCCCCCCCCCCCACAGCAGGCUGGCCCCAGACAGCGGACCCCUGAAGCCUCGACCAACCUGGCGGGAGCCAGUGAACCUGCAGGCAGCACCCCAGAGGUUUCUGACGACUUUCGUCUGGUGA